AUGAGCUUGGCGGACCUGGCUCUCUUUCCCUUCUUCACUGCGUGGGACUUCGUGAUGAAACGGCUGAUGGAGUUGGAAGGCGUCUCCGGCGAAAACGUCGAGGCUUUUGCAUCUCAAUGGCCUAACGUGCAAAAGUACUGUCAACUCAUGAGUCAGAAACCCUUCAUCAUGAAGACCUUCGUCGAGGAUAACGACUUUGCUAAAUUCGUGGAUAACUACGGCCCGGAUGUGCCUGCUGUAAUCUCAUAG